AUUUGAUUAUAAUGUCAAUUUAAAGGUGGUUGAUAAUGGUGCCAAAGCGCAAAAAUUCACGUGUGUACCGAAUCUUCAAACUUUGGGCGAACCGUUUGACCUAGGACUCUGAAGUUUCACAAACCCUUAUCCCUCCAGAGGUAGGUACUGUCCAGGUAAUAAACUAUCUCAGUAUAACUUGCCACGCCAGAGGUUGUGGAAUUUUAGUUUUGACCCAAUAGAAAUUCCCACUCCUCUUAUUAGCAUCAAUAACUCUUUUUGUGCAUGUGCCUACUGCUUAUAAACAUAAGCAACGUUUCUGUGAAGCGAAUAUUAAUAUCAGACGAUCAGUCUACCUAUCGGUCAGUACUUAUGAUGGAAUUGUAAAUUAUAUUGUGAGUCUUGGUGUAAAGAUUAUCUUGUUAUACCCGAAUUGUGACAAGGGCACCCCCAGAGGUAUCCCACCCCUGCUCUUUAAUAGUAGUAGAAACUGUAAAGUGAAGAUGGAUAAGUUUGAUGAAUUGCUACGAGUUAUGGAAAAGACGCAUUUUCUAACUUAUGUUUACGAUUUAAUUUUCAUAUUAAUCUGAACGUUAAUUUUUCUGACAUAGUCCAUUCGGUGAAUAUUAGACUUAUUGACUAGACUAUAACCACUUGCUCGUUACGUAACGAUUAGUGACGAUAACGAAAGGCACGUCAAAAACGUUGUAAAGAUUGAGGAAACAAAAGGAACGAAAGGAACUUAACCUAAAAUAAAAAACAUUGAAAAGUUAAAAGUAUGCUAAAAUCAAGUUCUGGCUUUUAUACCGAAUAAAUAUUCUGAAUAAAAAAGAUAGUGUAGUGUGUUUAAUAUUUAAUUCCGUCUAAUAAGACGGAAUUAUUAAAUCUUAGGAAUGUUUACCACAAAGACUUUCAUUAAAAAGACGAGAAUUGGACACUUUCUUAAACACGUUAGGGAACACUACAUAAGAGAUGAUAUUUCGUGUGGAUUCAAAUCAUGCGAAAAAUGCCAACCUGUAGAAUCAUUUCUUUCUCCAGACCACCAUAACAAAUGUUCCCUAUUCAAUUACAACCACUACAUCAUUCUAGACACAAAUGUUAUACUGGACCAGUUGGAUGUUUUAGAAGAAGCACCCAUAGGCAAUGUUAUAAUCUUACAUACUGUGCUAACAGAAGUUAAACAUAGGAGCUUACCAAUUUAUAAGAAACUGUUCACUCUAAUUGAGAAUCCUAGUAAACAUUAUUAUAUUUUUACUAAUGAUCAUCAUAAGGAUACAUACAUUGAACAAUUAGAUGGAGAACUUGUAAAUGACUAUAAUGAUAGAUGUAUAAGGAAAGCCUGCUCUUGGUAUAUGGAACACUUACCUAAUGAGAAGUUUAUUUUGCUUACUGAAGAUGCAGACAAUAGGAAUAUUGCUAAUGAGGAAGGAAUUACUGCAUGUUCUAUAUUCCCAUAUGUAAAGCAUAUGAAUGAUAAUGCAGUCCUAGAAGAUAAGUUAUCAAGGAAGGAAAUUUAUUUAGACAAAGAUGCUAAAGAUCUAUUCCCUCCUCAUUUGAACAAUGUUGAGCUCUUAACUGGUAUAAAAGAAGGAACUUUAUAUCAAGGAACAUUUAGGGCAUCUAGAGAUAAUUUUCUUGAAGGAUAUGUUAGUGUUGAAGCACUGGAAGACCAAGUGCUUGUACAAGGUAGAGCUGGUCUUAAUAGAGCAGUUGAUGGUGAUGUUGUGGUUGUUGAGCUGUUUGAUAAAAGUGACUGGAUUUCACCAAGUGAAAUCAUAUUGGAGGAUGAAGGAGGUGUGGAAGAUGUUAAAGAUAUAGAACAGAAAGAAAAGGAGCUCAAGGAGACUGCUACUAAGAAAAAAGGAGAAAUUAAACCAACAGGCAAAGUUGUUGGAAUCAUAAGAAGAAAGUGGAGACAAUAUUGUGGCAUCUUACAAGGAGGUUUGGAAGGAGUAUAUCAAUUGUUUGUACCAGCUGAUCGAAGUAUACCUAAAAUCAGGAUAGAAACUAGACAGGCAGAAUUUUUGAAAACUCAGAAAUUAAUUGUUACUAUCGAUUCCUGGCCCAGAUACUCUAGGUAUCCACAUGGACAUUUUGUUAGAGCACUUGGAAAAAUUGGCGAUCAGACAACAGAGAAUGAGGUGAUAUUGCUUGAACAUGAUGUACCCCACAGUCAGUUUUCAGAAGAGGUACUUAGUUGUCUACCCAAACUUCCUUGGAUAAUCACAGACGAUGACGUACAAAAAAGAGUUGAUCUUCGCGACUUGGACAUUUGCUCUGUGGAUCCACCUGGAUGUACGGAUAUAGAUGAUGCUUUGCACUGCAGAGAGGUCGGAGAUCAUCUAGAGGUCGGCGUACACAUAGCGGACGUAUCUCAUUUCAUCAGGCCUGGUACAGCAUUAGAUCUUGAAGCGCAGUCUAGGGGCACCACUGUGUAUUUGGUGAACAACCGAAUUGACAUGGUUCCAGACUUGCUAAGUUCAAAUCUUUGUUCCUUGAGAGGGGGAGAGGAGAGAUUUGCGUUUUCGUGUAUUUGGGAAAUAGAUAAAAAUGCAAAUAUUUUGAAUACCAGAUUCCAUAAAAGCAUAAUAAAAUCAAAAGUAGCUAUGACUUAUGAAGAAGCGCAGAUGACAAUAGAUGACAAAAGUAAAAACGAUAAUAUUGCAAAAUCGCUACGUUAUUUAAACAUGCUUGCGAAGAUUUUGAAAAAGAGACGACUGGAAAAUGGUGCUCUAGUACUGGCAUCGCCAGAAGUGAAAAUUAUGAUGGACUCCGAAACCAUGGAACCACUAGAUAUAGAAGUGAAGAAAAUGUUCCAGACGAUGUCCAUGGUAGAAGAAUUCAUGUUGUUGGCUAAUAUCAGCGUAGCCGAGAAGAUUUUACAGGAUUUUCCUGAAUGUGCCUGUCUUCGAAGGCAUCCAGUGCCGCCAUCAUCGAAUUUUGAUCCACUGAUCAAAGCAGGCAGACAUCUUGGCCUGGAGAUAAAAAUUGAUUCAGGAAAGGAUUUAGCAAAGUCACUAGAUGAUGCUGUGAAGCCUGAUAAUCCAUAUUUAAACACGAUGCUCAGAAUUUUGGCAACGAGGUGCAUGCUGCAAGCUGUUUAUUUUGCCAGUGGUACUUUGCAGAAAGAAGACUACUUUCAUUAUGGUUUAGCCGUACCUUUAUAUACUCACUUCACUUCGCCAAUAAGACGGUAUGCUGACAUCAUAGUUCACCGACUACUCGCAGUUUCAUGUGGAGCAGAUGCAACCUAUGCAGUCUUGCUGGAUAAAUCUAAAACCAACGAAAUAUGUCAAAAUUUGAACUACAGAAAUCGAAUGGCGCAGUAUGCUGGAAGAGCUUCUAUAGCAUUCAACACUCAUUUAUUUUUCAAAGGUAAGCUGCAAGAUGAACAAGGCUACAUUUUAUAUGUUCGGAAAAAUGCGUUGCAAGUAUUGAUUCCAAGGUAUGGACUGGAGAGCACUCUAUAUUUGGCGAGGAAAGGCGAAAGCUCAAAUAUAUUUGAGUAUAAUGAAGAGGAUCAAACACAGAGGGCAAAGGAUGUUGUGCUUCAUGCAUUUGAUCCAGUAAAGGUUCGACUUAGCCUCAACUCAGAUAACAUACAACAUGAAAAGUUUGUUUUACAACUUGUUUCGCCAUUCAUUGAGGGCUUUAGUGUACCACCUAUUGAAGAAAUGGAUACUUCGUGUGAGCCAACCAACGACAGCGGGAAGAAAAGGAAGAGCACUGGUGAUGAGAAGAAAAAUAAAAACAAAAAGAGCCCAAAAAACAAGAAUUAAUUGUAGAAUACGAUUGUAAGCAUUUUUGAUACAAAUAAAUAGUUGGGGUGCGAUAUUUUUUGUGCCUUUCUCUUUAAUUAGUACAGGGUGGCCAAUAUAUAACUG